AUGGAGACCUGGCGGAAAGGCUCCUUCCGCAAUGCCUCCUUCUUUAAGCGGCUGAGCCUGGGUCGACCCCGUAGGCUCCGGCGACAGGGCAGCGUGCUCAGCCAGGCCAGCACAGCUGGAGGGGACCAUGAGGAGUACAGCAACCGUGAGGUCAUCCGAGAGCUGCAAGGAAGGCCUGAUGGCCGGCGCCUACCACUGUGGGGGGACGAACAGCCCCGGGCCACCCUGCUGGCACCUCCGAAGCCCCCACGCCUCUACCGGGAGAGCUGUAGCUGCCCCAACAUCCUGGAGCCCCCGGUCGCCUACACCUCUGCCUAUUCGGCGACCCUACCUUCUGCCAUCUCCCUAGCCAGCACGCUGCACCACUGCUCGCAGGAGGACCUCCUGGAGCCCCCACCGCCCUUCCAGAGGACCCCUGCUCCUGACCUCGGCGACCCCUUUUUCUCCUUCAAGGUGGACCUGGGAAUCUCACUGCUUGAGGAGGUGCUGCAGGUGCUGAGGGAACAGUUCCCCACUGAGCCCCGCUUCUGAUGGGGUAAGGGCAGGACGGCCUGGGGUCCAGGGAGGAAGGUACUGGCAGGGAGUGUCAGGGAGGAGUCGAGGGCCCUGAGCUGCCCUCCAAGUCGAUCCAGAGUAGGAGGGACUCCAUGGAUGGCAGGAGAGGUUGUAAGGGGUGCCUGCUGGCGGCCCCCUGCCCCAGUCCCCUCUGAAGCCAUAGUCACAGGAUAAGUUAAAGAUCUGUGGCCAACUCAGGCUACAGAGGAAAUGGGGAGGCUUGAAGGGAAAAAGAUGAUAAGAGCUUGACCUUGUCACUAGGUCCCCAAGAUUGGUAGCCAUGAGCUAUGUGUGGGUCUUUAAAUAAUUAAAUAGAAUUAAAAAUUCACUUCUCCCCCCCAUUUUUGUUGCCCUUGUUAUUAUUAUUGUUAUUACUGCCGUUGUUGGAUAGGACAGAGAGAAAUGGGGAGAGGAGGGGAAGACAGAGAGGGGGAGAGAAAGAUACCUGCAGACCUCCUUCACUGCCUAUGAAGUGACUGCCCUGCAGGUGGGGAGCCAGGGGCUUGAACCAGUAUCCUUACGCCAGUCCUUGCACUUUGCAUCAUAUGUGCUUAACCUGCUGCGCUACCACCCGACUCCCAAAAAUUGACUUCUUAAAACACAAAAAAUUUGGUCGUCGGCCAUAGCAACUGAAUUGCAGGAGUUUGGUGGCCACUUGUGACUGAGGCUACCACACCGGACUGAGUAAGUUUAACUGCUGAAAGUUCUGUCUGCUGGUGCUGAGACUAUGGCUUGGAGCCAUUCAUGGCCCUGGGCUGGGGAAGUGGGGAGUAUGCUGGGCCUGUGAAGAGAGGGAGAACUGACUGACAGGUGGAAGAAGAGGUAGCAGAGAGCCAAACUCAGGACAAAGCAAAUAUACCAUGAGCAGAAACGGAGCAUAAGAGAUUCAUCUGCCUGCAUAGCCACCUGCAGCAACCCCUGGUGCUCUCAAGAUGCCAGUCAAAGGCCAAAGAUAGCUUACUAGGGGCUUCAUUAGCCACAGGAGCAGUGGGCAGGUCCCUUCCCUCUUGUCCAGCAGCAGAAGAGGGAUGGGGGUCACACAGUGGACAUGGACUCUGUGAAGAGGCAUGGCUGGUUGCCAGAAUCCUCCUCCAGGACCAGGAGCUCCACCCUGUCCCAAUCCUCUGAUGACAGGGCUGCCAACCAGAGCCAAGCCCAUUGGGUCAAGGCCUCAAGCUGUGCUACCAUCUCCACCCUGUAACCUGGCCAGACCUGAUGUAGGAACCCGAGUUGAGUUGGCAGGGCCACUGGGCUGUGAUAUCCUGGUCCUUUCCAAGUGGGGCAGAGGGGCAGAGGGGAGCUUCCACAACUCACACAUGUGGCCCCACACCGCUCCCCUUGUGUGGGUGUGCCAGGCUGCGCUGUGGGUACAGGAGAUAAUAAAGUUCUUCAUAACCCAG